AUGUCUUACCCGUAUGCAUCGAUCCCUCAAUUUACUUAUCAGAGUGUUCAACGAAAUUACCAAACUUUCGAUUUUGGCACAUCUGAAUUUAAAUAUUACCCCGUCACCUAUUCUUCGACCGAUCUGACCGAGGGCCAAAACCAGGACAACAAAGAGCCCAGUGCCGAACACGAGAAGGGCGAUGCCCCCGACGAAGCCACGCCAGCUGAACCAAGUAGCUCACCAGAUGACGCUCCAGCCCCUGAGGCUGCAGAGAAUGCAGAGGCUGUAACGCCUCCGGAUGAAGCGGCUACAGCCAAGGAGCCUGCUCCCGAUGCUGCUCCAGAAUCAAAAGAAGACGUACCGGCUGAGGUAGAGACACCCGUCGCCGAUGAGUCUGCGCCAGAUGGGGAAGCCGAGGCUACUCCGGAGGAAGCUCCGAAAGAUGCAGGAGCAGAAGAAGGCGCAAAGCCCGAAGAAAGCGCAGAAGCGACACCCGCAGAUGACGAAUUCCCAGACUGCAAUCCGGAGGCAGACCUUGACAAAGUAGAAGCCGAGAAAGCGGCCGCUGCUAAAGAGGCUGCUGAAGAGGCCGCCCAAGCUGAGGAAGGCGAAGGUGCUCCACCAGUAGAUGAACCUGCUGCAGAGCCGGCAUCCGAAAACGCAGAUGAGGCAGAUACUGGAGCGGCUCCAACUGAGGAAGCGACCCCAGCAGAACCGGCACCUGAGGCUGAGCCGGAAGUUGCCGAUGCUCCUCCAGAGCCAGAGGCUGCACCACCUGCUGAAGAAAGCCCCGCUCCGGAGGAGCCAGUAGCAUCCGAGCCACCCGCCGAUGAACCUGUUGGCAAGAAGGGCAAGAAGAGCAAGAAGAAGAAGGAUAAGAAGACCAAGGUCGCUGCAGCAGAUCCGGAGCCUGAACCACCUGCACUGCCGCCGGCGCCAGAAGCCCCCGCAGAGCCUGAGCCAUCAGCAGAACCUGAGCCAGCUGCCGAUGCUGGACCUCAGUCCGAACAGCCAGCAGAUGAAAAUUCUGCUGAUGCACCUGGCGAUGCACCUGCCAAUGAACCGCCUCCAGAUACUACUCCUGAAGAGUCACUUGCGCCAGUCGAAUCAGCUGGAGCACCAGCAGAAACAGAACCUGAGCCUGAGGCUGCUUCUGCACCUGAACCUGUAGCGCAUGCGGAAACGCCAACCGAGCCUGAACAACCAACCGAGCCUGAACAACCAGCCGAGCCUGAACAACCAGCCGAGCCUGAACAACCAGCCGAGCCUGAACAACCAGCCGAGCCUGAACAACCAGCGGAAGAACCUGCCCCCGAGCCUGUUGCAGAGGCGCUCAAAGAAACCGGCAAGAAGAAGAAGGGCAAGAAGGGCAAGAAAGGCAAGGCCGCGGCUGCGGCUGCGGAACCUGAACCUCCUAAGGAAGAACCACCCAAGGAACUAGAGCCUGCUGCCGAGCCUGAACCUGCUGUCGAACCCGAGCCUGUCGCUGAGCUUGAACCCGCCAAUGCUCCUGUUGAGUCGCCUGCUGAGAAUGCGGCCCCAGCUGAGCCUGAGCCUCAGCCUGAAACGGUUGAAGAGGCACCGGUAGAAAAGGCGCUAGAGGCUCCUAUCGAGGUGGCACCUGAGGAAGCUGCUGCUGAUCCAAUUCCCGAAGAAGCGGCAGAAGAAGCUCCUCAGGAAGUAGCCCUUGUUGCAGAGAGUGUUCCUGAAGUACCACCUGUUGCGGUGGAGGAGCCGGCUGCGGAGGUGCCUGCUGAGGAAACUCCUGCGCCUGAGCCUGCUGUUGCAGUGGAUGACACCCCAGCUGAGGAAGCUCCUGCCGCUGAGCCUGUCGCUGAGUCUGCUCCAGAGCCUGUUAAGGAGCUAGUAAAUGAUGCACCUCCCGAGGAAGCACCAGCUGAAGAACCCGUUGCUCAGGAUCCUCCAGUUGAGGAAACCCCAACUCCUGAGCCGGUUGCUGAGGAAUCUGCUAAAACAGUACCAGUCGCUGAGCCUGUCGUUGAGGAUGCCCCUGUGAAGGAACCUGAGCCAGCUCCUGAGUCGGUAGUUGCGGAGCCUGUCAAGGAAGAAGCAGUUGCCGAGCCACUAGUCGAAGAACCUGCUAAGGAGGAGCCUGAGCCAGCUGUUGAAGCCGUUGCUGAACCUGCGGCCCCUGAACCUGCCCCAUCGGAAGUUGCACCUGCUCCCGCUGAAGAGACUGAGCCUCCUCCUGCUGCUGAGACUGAACCUCCCGCUGCUGAGCCUGAACCUCCCGCUGCUGAGCCUGAACCUCCCGCUGCUGAGCCUGAACCUCCCGCUGCUGAGCCUGAGCCUCCCGCUGCUGAGCCUGAGCCUCCCGCUGCUGAGCCUGAACCUCCCGCUGCUGAGCCUGAGCCUCCCGCGCCUGAGCCCCCUAUUGCAGAGGAAGCACCUGCUGAACCAGCACCUGCUGAAGCUAUAGUAGAAGAAGUGGUUGUGCCCGAAGAGGCAUCAAAGGAAAUACCUGAGGCACCUGUUGAAGUAGUACCCGAAGCACCGGCUGUUGUGGAAGUGCCAGCCCCAGUCAAAGAGCCUGCAGCUGAGACUCCCCCACCCGAAGAAGCUCCGGCUGAACCGCCAGUUCCAGAUGCUCCAGCCGAGACACCAGAGCCCGAUGUAGCUGCAGUCCCAGUCGAGACUCCAACACCGGAAGAUGCUCCGGCUGAAACCCCUCCAGAAGAGCCUACCCCUGACGCAGAGGUCGCCAGAGAUCUCCCCGUAGAGGAUUCAGAAGACACUGAUACCCCAGCAGCGCCUGAAGCUUUGCCUGAACCAGCGCCUGCUAAUGAAGGUGUUGCGCCCGACGAAGUUGCGCCACCAGCAGCGGAUACCUCGCCUGAGGUUGUCAUGAUCGGCGAGGCUUCCCGCGAUGAACCCGUUGAGGGUGAUGGACCCCCCACUACCCGACAUGGCUCACGACGCCGGAAGAAGCGUUCGCCAGAGACGCGAGAGCGCGCGUCUUCCAGAACACAAGACCCUGGUUACUCGAAGACGUUAUCAGAUUCACCCAAAGAUAGCCUUCAGCGCCAGAAGAGCGAACGAAAUGUCUUGACUAACCGUUGGGCCAAGGCCCUUGAGGAAGCUCGGCGCCAGCACGAUGAGAAAGCGCAGAUCCAACGGAGGCAGCGUGCCCUUGUUGAGGAGCGAGAGCGAAGUGGUAUCUCAUCCGAAAAGCAUAGGCGCUCUUCGAAGGACAAGGAGAAGGCCAGGGUGACGGAACCCGUCCCGGUUCCCGCUCCCGUACCGGUCGCCGUCCCCAUCGCCGUCCCUGUCCCCGUAGAAGGCAGACCCAGACGACGUCCAUCUGAGCGACGCGCCUCUGAGACGCCACCUGAUCAGCCCUUCGAGCGAUCUCGUUCUACCAGGACCUCUUCGACACAGGCAACUUCGGCCCCAACGGCUAAGCCCCGUGCUUUCCUGCGCUACAUGACAGAGGGCCAGUCUGGUCCCAAUCAUAUAAUGCGUGUGAAUGCCACCAAGGCGGCUCCGCCAGUGGAGAAGCCUUUACGUCGAUCCUCGACAACCCACAGCCACGGCAGCAGCCAAGGGCGGACAUCGCAUGAAGAAAGACAUUCAAGUGCUCAAUCCACUGGAUCUGGUGGCUCUCGCUCGCGACGUGACGAGCGCCGCGAAGAGCGGCGUGAAGCACGACGCGAAGAGGAGGCUCCUCGAUCCGAGGGCAGAAGGUUGCGACGCUCAUCGACAGCUGAGCAUCGUUCCAGGGACGAGAGGGACGAACGGAAAGAUAGAGCUAAAUCACGCGAACGCGCAAAGGAGAAGGAGCAAGAGCGGGAGCGGGAGACGACGAAGACUGAAGGGUCUUCUCGUCGCUACCAGAGUUCCCGUGAGGCUCGGGCUGAAACUCGCGAGGGCCGCUCUCAUCGCCGUCACAGGCGUGAGGAGUCUCCUCCUCAGGAGUCGAAGCUGAAGAGUCUUUUCAGGGCCAUUGGUGUCCAUUGA